AUGCCAGUCAAGAAGCGCAAGUCUGAAAGCGUGCCUGCGGCCGAAGAAAACAAUUCCCCUAAAAGAGCUGCUGUCCCUGAUCCAGCUACUGGAGAGAAAAGGAAGAGAGGUCGUCCUCGCAAGUACCCUGAAGGAAGUGGCCCCAAGCCUUCGCCGGGUCCUAAAAGGGGCCGGGGCCGUCCCCGCAAGGAUCCGUCUGCCAGUACUCCCUCGAAACCGAGUACUCCUAAGGAGGGCAAGCGGCCAGUCGGAAGGCCUAGGAAGUAUCCUGCUCAGAAUGGAGCAGACACCCCGACAGACAGAUCCACGCAACCGAAAUCGGAGUCAGCAGAUGCCAAGGCUGAGGAUGAGGCGGAUGAAGAUGAUUCCGGCCGCUCGUAUUGGUUGAUGAAAGCUGAGCCCGAGUCGCGCUUAGAGAAAGGGGUUGAUGUUAAGUUCUCCAUCGAUGACUUGGCCUCGCGUAGCAAGCCAGAACCCUGGGAUGGUGUGCGGAACCCUGCUGCAAGGAAUCACAUCAGAGAGAUGAAGAAGGGCGACUACGCUUUCUUUUACCACUCCAACUGCAAAGUGCCUGGAGUUGCGGGCUUUAUGGAGAUUGUACAAGAACAUACACCAGACGAGUCUGCCUUUGACCCUGCACACCCAUACUACGACGAGAAAUCUUCCCGAGAGGACCCCAAAUGGGACGUGGUCCAUGUCGAGUUCCGACGCAAGUUCCAGAACUUCGUCUCACUAAACGACCUCAAAGCUCACGCGAAGGCGGGAGAUCCACUCGAGAACCUUCAGGUUCUGAAACAAUCCCGGCUCAGUGUUUCCCGCGUUACCAAGAAAGAAUGGGACUUCAUCCUAGGGUUAGCCAAGGAAAAGGAGUCAUCGUCAUCGGAGGGAGAGAGCGCAGAAGAAACCAGCGAGUAG